AUGAACAAAGAGGAGGGACCAUGCCGACCCACCGCCUCUCUCAAAUUCACCAUUGACAAUAUUCUGAACCUCAAGACAAGCGGAAGGAAGUAUGACAGUUGUCACUCCGCGAGACCGCUGCCGGAUGACACGGACGCACGGGCGCGUAAAGGAGCUUUCCAAAGCCACUACGAGGCGCGCAGCAUCCAGCGCGGCCAGCAUCCAUUCAGCGCACAUCGCGAGAGGGAGGCGGUGGGUGACGGUGACGGGGCGGCGGAGCUCAUCGGCCACCGGGACCAGGGCAGCAAGGCGCAGCAGGAGCGCUUCGAAAGCGGCGACAGCAGCUGCGACGACGCCGCGACGGCGGAGCCCGACAAGGGCUGCGGCUCGUCCGCCAAGAAGAACAAAAUGAUCGCCAAAAAGAAAACGCGCACCAUCUUCUCCAAGAGACAGAUCUUCCAGCUGGAGUCCACCUUCGACAUGAAGCGCUACCUGAGCAGCGCGGAGCGCGCCUGCCUGGCCAGCUCGCUGCAGCUCACGGAGACCCAGGUCAAAAUAUGGUUUCAGAACCGCAGGAAUAAGUUGAAACGUCAGAUUUCCACCGAGAUCGACGGACCCGUUUCAGAUUUCCCCGAGACUGUGAAGCCCGUGGUGGUGGGCCCGCUGCCGCCCCUUUAUAAAGAGAGCAGCCUGCUGGGCAGAUGCUUGCUGCCCGUGCCCCUGCCCAUCGUCUACCCGGGGAAUAGCACGCCUUACAUAUGCUUCUCCAACGCCAGCAAAUACUUCAGCCUGUACGAUGGGGACGUAUGA